UUUAAAUUACUUAUCUUCCAUCUAUUAAUUCUUCUACUUGGGGGAGGAAAGCAGGACUCAUUAGAAAUGGCCAUGUCUAUGUUCGGAGAAAAGUUGAACUCCAGUGGGCUUGUUAACAGCAAGAAGAGGGGUAGAACGGAUGAAAAGAUUGUGGGUAAGGGCAAGGGUGAUGAAGUGCUUUGUGGUGACAAGAAGAUCAUGGUGAAAGGAAUUCCUUCUGCAUGUGCUGUCACAUCCAGCAAGACCAGAAGCUCCAUCUACCGUGGAGUGACAAGGCACAAAUGGACUGGACGUUAUGAAGCUCAUCUCUGGGACAAGACCGCCUGGAACUCCACCCAAAACAAGAAGGGAAAACAAGUUUAUCUUGGAGCAUAUGAUGAAGAAGAGUCAGCGGCGAGGGCUUAUGAUCUAGCUGCUAUCAAGUACUGGGGGCCUCAGGAGACCCGAACAAACUUUCCGGUGAUUGAAUAUGAUAAAGAUAUUGAAGAAAUGCAAAAUCUGAGCAAGGAAGAGUACCUUGCUUCUCUCAGAAGGAGGAGCAGUGGCUUUUCAAGGGGCGUUUCCAAGUAUAGAGGAGUUGCAAGGCAUCAUCACAAUGGGAGAUGGGAGGCAAGAAUUGGUCGCGUAUUUGGAAACAAGUAUCUUUAUCUUGGCACUUACAACACAGAAGAGGAAGCUGCAGCAGCAUAUGACAUGGCGGCCAUCGAAUACAGAGGACUGAAUGCUGUAACAAAUUUCGACUUGAGCCGUUACAUUCGAUGGCUGAGACCUGAUAACAUGAAGAAUGUACCACCUUCGCACAUUCUGGAGACCAGCAAAGGAGACAACGUGGGCAUGCAGAGAGGGGGAGAAACAUUAAUAGGCCUUCCAAAAUUUGCACCCACUUCAGUCCACAGCAAGAAUCCUUCUCCUGUGACAGCUUUGAGUCUUCUCUUGCAGUCCUCUGUGUUCAGAGAAAUGGUGAAGAAACAGGACGUUAUUGGAGGGCAUGAGGAUGAUGAGAAGCAGAAAGUUAUUCAUUCUUUCAAUGGAGAACAGUCACCCAAUGAGUCAAUCACAAUGCCCAUUGUAGUGCCUCCCCAUGAAUAUGAAUUUGCAGACGCAGAGCUUGGAAGGGACUCUAUAUUUCCCUAUAAUUGGGAUGCUCCACAACAAGAACAGGAGAGCUUGGUAAAUUGGAAUUCCAUGUUGGAAAGUUACAAGCUCAAAUUUUAGUAGUUAAUCUACAACUCACUCCCCAUACUUUCCUCCAUCUCCGAAUUAUCGCAAUGCUUUCAUUAAUUCAAGAUUUAUGCAUGAAGACUUGUCCCUGCCUGCUUCUCGCCUUUUUUUCCUUUCAUGAAUUCAUUGGGGUGACUAAAAUAUAUAUAUAUAUACAUUGGUAUUAAUUAGCACUAGUACGGCACGAGAAGGAGAUGAACCAGCAUGGUCAACUCAAAUGUGAAACGCCACUGACGUUUUUUUAGAUGGACAAAUUCAGACCGGAGAUAGAGGACCAA